GUCUUUUCUGGAAUUGAGGUAAUUGUCAACCGAGAGACACCGCAUCACCGAGAUCCAGGAGCAUCACCACCAUUCUACGACCUUCUAGUUAGCCUUGGCCAAGCCAACCAGGCUAUACUAGAUCUUCCAGACUUGGGCACCCAACUAGGUUAUCCCCCUAGGACUAUGGUAUAUAUUGCAGGCAAGGUGCUGGAACAUGGAGUCCCAGGUUGGGGUGAUGGCGAGAGGAUCGUGAUCGCC